CGCUCCGCUCCGCCACCACCAGCAACAGCAGCAGCAGCAGUAGCAGCAGCCAUGGCCGAAAUCAAGACGGGCAUCUUCGCCAAAAACGUGCAGAAGAGGCUGAGCCGCGCGCAGGAGAAGGUCCUGCAGAAGCUGGGAAAGGCCGACGAGACGAAAGAUGAGCAGUUUGAGCAAUGCGUUCAGAACUUCAAGAGGCAAGAGACUGAGGGCUCGCGUCUCCAGAGGGAGAUGAAGGCCUACCUGACUGCUGUGAAAGGGAUGCAGCAGGCCUCCAUGAAUCUGACCGAGUCGCUGCACGAGGUCUACGAGCCAGACUGGUACGGGAAGGAUGACGUCAUGACCAUUGGGAAGAGCUGCGAUGCCCUCUGGGAGGAUUUCCAUCAGAAGCUGGUGGACUCGUCGCUCAUCACCCUGGACACGUACCUCGCCCAGUUCCCUGACAUCAAAAACCGUGUGGCGAAGAGGAGCAGGAAGCUGAUAGACUAUGACAGUGCAAGGCACCACUUGGAGACCCUGCAGGCUGGGACUAUAAGGAAUGAACGUAAAAUCUCCAAGGCAGAGGAGGAGUUCCAGAAAGCACAGAAGGUGUUUGAUGAGCUCAAUGUGGACUUGCAGGAGGAGCUGCCAUCUCUCUGGGAGAGCCGGGUGGGAUUUUACGUGAACACGUUCAAGAACAUCACAAACCUGGAGUCUAAGUUCCACAGAGAAAUAGCCAUGCUGUGCCACAAGCUGUACGAGGUGAUGACCAAGCUGGGAGAACAGCACUCGGACAAGAUGUUCACCAUCCAGGGAGCUCCAAGUGAUUCAGGACCCCUGCGACUGGCCAGGACCCCAUCGCCCACUGAGGACGAGUCCCCACCGGGCAGCCCCGAGGCGGCGCCAAACCACACAUUACGGCCCACGUCACCUGGCCCGCCCCGGCCCAAGUCGCCCUCGCAGCUUAAGAAGGGGCCACCAGUACCACCCCCACCCAAGGUCACGCCCACCAAGGAGUUGCACCAGGAACAGAUCAUAAACCUGUUUGAUGACAACUUUGUCCCAGAGAUCAGCGUAACCGUACCCGCACAGAAAGAGUCUGUCGCGGAGUCUCUCCUGGACUUGGACUUCGACCCAUUCAAACCUGAUGCCACCACCCCCAUCGGACAGACGCAGUCGCCCAUCUCUCAGACUCUGCCUUGGGACCUCUGGACGACGACCGCUGCUCCUGCACAGCCUGUGUCCAACAAUGCUUUUAAUGGAUUCUCUCAGCUGGACUCAGGACCCCCCUUUACUGCCGAUUUUGAUAAGAUGGCAGAAGCAGAGGUAGAGGCAGCAGCCGCCGCCCCAGAGUCGGAGGCGGCCCCCGAGUCGCAGGUCGAAGCGACUCCUGCGCCAGAGGCUGAGGUCACCCGCUCUUCUGAGGUUGCGGAGGGCACCGAGGUCACAGAGGUGGCAGAGGUCACCGAGGUCACCGAGGUCUCCGAGGUCACGGAGACAGCAGAGACUGAAACAGGCGCCGAAGCCAGUCCUCCCGCUGAGAAGGCUGCGGAGGCUCCCGAGGCACAGCCGUCGGAGCUGCCCGUGAGUCCAGAGUCAGAGUCUGCUGAGAUACCCCCACCUGGCGAUGGCGAGAACGAGCCCUCCAAUGAGGCGGCACCGGACGCAGCCCCGACCUCGGAGGCCGACAAGGGCUCCCCUCCUGCUGAGGCUCCGGCCUCAGCUGUGCCGCUGGAGCCCCCGAACGAGCAGACCCCGAGCGCUGAGCCCGCGCUUGAGGACACCAACAGUACCGAAGGUGCUGAAGACUCAGAGGCCAAGGAGGAGAAGAUGCCAAUCCCCUCGGUCGUCAUCGAACCCGCCUCCAGCAACGAGGGCGACGACGACCGCGACGGUGACAUAACCUCGCCCAGCGGAGUCAGCGACAAUGGAGUGACGCCCGAGAGCCAGACCACUGCUCCCGGCCUUCCUCCUGGAUUCCUCUACAAGGUGGAGGUUCUGCACGAUUUCGAGGCGGCCAACUCUGACGAGUUGGACCUGAAGAGAGGCGAUCUCGUCCUGGUUGUCCCCACAGAACUGGCCGAAGACCAGGACGCCGGUUGGCUCACAGGACUCAAGGAAGCUGACUGGUUGCAGCAAGGCAGCAGCGCCCAGAAGGGACUCUUUCCGGAAAACUUCACUCAGCGCUUAGAGUAGCCUGUGGGGUCGAGGAGGAGCAGCAGCAGCCGCGACCCAGGUGACCUCUCCACGAAACCAAGCAUGGAAACCGCAGCCCGCCUCACCUUUGGAGACGUCUAUAUCAGAUCACGGCGGACCUUGAUUUUUUUUGGAGGAGGAGAACAACGAGUGGUUGAAGAAUCAGACCCUGCGCGGAAAUACCCGAGGAAAAGUGCUACGAUAAAACAGCGGAGCGCAAAGAACCGGCUCUCCAACCUUCCUCUGGAUCCGAGAGCCAAAAGCGUUCGUCUCUAUACCUGUAAACGGCAGCAAAAAAAAAAGAUGUGUGCUUUGUCCGAGCGAUGGUGACCUCCAUAUGUAACCCCUGUCUGUGAAAUGAAAAACAACAAGAGAAAUUAAUUAUAUGGAAAAAAAAACUUAUCUUCUUUGCACAAAGUGUAUUGUAUCAAUUUUGUUUGAUCAGCAACCGGUAGUUGUAGCGUAUUCAACGUGGUACAGACUUUUAAAAUGUUUUUAUUUUAGACAUAAAUGUUAAAUUUGAUCAUUGUUAGUGUUCACGGUAGUUUCAUUGCUCAACGUGUGAGGCUAAGGUAAUACUCGGCAUAUUCGGUGUUUCACUUUGUUCAUGGACAAGAUUUGUUGGUCUUUUACAUUGCUCUUUUUUUGCCAAACGAAGUUUUAAAAGAAAAAGAACCUAAAUUCUGGCGUAUUAUUAAUGAGAUAUAAUGUAUGGGAUGUUAAGGAGACCCUUUUCCAAUCUCUCCUCCCCAGUGUACCCCUUACCCAGUAUCCACCGGUGCAUAUAUCCUACAGUCAAAGUUACGCUGCGGAACCGUAUAAAGGUGUUAAAUGGUGAAUGGCGUUUUACCUUACAAUAUACUGUACUUUAAUUUUGCAUUUGUGUGUCUGUGUGUAUCUGUGUGUGUGUGUGUGUGUGUGUGUGUGUGUGUGUGAGUCAGAUCUCUGGGAGGGUGAAAAACCAGGUAUGCAAUACAUGUUCCUGAGCAGAACACACAUCCUAAGUUCACACUGAAAUCACCACCAUUCCAGUCCCUAUAUAUACUCCCCCCCCAGCCCCCAGCCACCAAUAAAGUAGAACAUUUUAUUAUGUAUACAUCCAUGUUUAUUUAUCUAAAGAUGAAUAAAGAGUAGAUGGUAUUACUGA